AUGCGCUAUCUCACAACUUCAUUCAAGAUACUGUCCAACGUAGCCAAGGAGCUUAUUCCUGAUGAGCUGGAGCAGUGGGGACGUCUUUGGAUUGGGAACGGGGGCGAUGAGGUUCAUGCAUGUGGGUAUCACAAGCUGCGUUCCAACGGAAGGGAUGCAGCAUUUGUUUGCUACAAGCUUAUGGUAGACCAGGACGCCAACCUAGUCUCAGCAAACAAACGCCUCAAAGAGGAAAGUCAAUAUGGCAAACUCCGGCAUGUAUUUGUCGUGACAAUCCCGCCAAAAACCCCCAACAUCAACCCAAGCCGCAAGAAGAAUCAAUACCUAUUGCUUGCACAAAUAUACAAAGCACGGUCAAGAGCAACAAAAUAG